AUGCAGGCCGUCAUGGCGCAACCCCCACAACCCUCCGCCUACGGGGCCAUCCCUCUGCGCCGCAAACCCGUAACCAACCCAGCCGUAGCAGUGCGACCUGUAUCCCAGGCCUACAACGACAACCAACUCGGCCACUCACGGACACGAACAACAAGUUCUGGCGUUUUCCCAACUCCCUCACCCACUACCGCAACCAUGAAUUCGCAAUACCCAACCCAGUACCAAAGCAGCCUCCGCCGCACUCCCACCUCAUCCACCAGCUCGACCAACGGCACCCCCAACCGCUCCAACAGUGGCGCUCUUCGCCGCUCUUCGUCAACGCGUUCGGGAGGCAAUUCGCCCACUUCAUAUGUCGCCCUGAUGCGCAAGCAAAAAGCCACUGUAUGGUGUGAUCGCGCCCAGUACGAAGACCCGCGCAUGCUCGCCCAGCAGCGCCAGGCCAAGAUGCGAGCAAACAUGGAGGUUGCAGGCGGACCGCACCACGCUCCACCGCGCACUGCUACGGGAGGUUCAGGCAUGACCGGCGGGGUCCGGUCCAAGAUUGGCCGUCAUCACGGCCUGCCAAAAGCAUCAUUGUACGCUCCAGUCACCUACGCAGGAUCCGGGGUACCGAUGCGGUUGAGCGCUUCAGAAGUAGACGAGGGUGACGACGAGGAUACAGGCUCAAUGAAGAACGGCCAGUAUCACCACCGCACUGGCUCCGGCCGCAGCUCCCUAGGCUCAGGCCGCCGUAUAUCUUACGCCAAUCCAACCGGUCGCAUAUCCUCCAACAGUACACCGCCACAGAAUUCAUCUCCUGACGGCGAGCUUGCCGACCUCAAAGAAGAGCCCACUCCUUCACCUGCCGAAUAUGACCCCCACGCGCCCAGCGACACUAGCUACUUCCACCACACAAAAACAAACGCGAGUACCGGCAGUGGGAGCAGUGGAGAGCGCAAUUUUGGCGAAGUUGGUCAGAUGCCUGCGCCAGGACACUUGAGGGCCCCUGUUGUUACAGACAAGAAGGUCAGCAAAGACGAUCUGGUCAGGCGAGGCAGUGUGGAUGAGCGGACUAUGACCAUGGGUCCACGACUGUUCGUUGCGAACCCAGACCUCAGUGACUAG